ACCUGAAGGCAACAUUUGGUAGGCGGAGUUAGCCUGAUCCAAUCAGGUGUUGAGGACAGUUACACGUCAGCUUGUGCCCACAACAGAGAUGUCUGCCCUCUCUCAGUAGUAGCUUCAUUGUGACUGCUGUAAAUUCCACAAUGGUUGUUGAUAACUCUCAGAACCCGCACACCGGCACCAUCCUCCGUGUCCGUGGGCCGCUGGAGCUCAAAUGUCAGCUGGACACCAGAGACGCGUCGCAGAUGAAGAAGGUGAUCUCGGCAACGUUUGAGAACCUUCGCUCACAGGUCAAAUCGGAGUCCUGUGUGUUUAUGGUUUGCGGCAGCCCUGUUAUAUUUUGGCCAAAUAAAGGUGCUAAGGCAACACCUGAAGAAAUAACACAAAAUACGCCGUGUGAAGAGUUACUACAGUGGAUACAAACAGAUGAACAGGAGAGCUAUGGCAAGAAAUCUGGAAAAAAGAGAAGCAAAAAAGAUUCAAAAUUGAAUGUCAUCCAUCUUAACCUGAUGAUGGAGAUGACAAACCCAGGUCCUCUCCCAGCUCCCGUCCUCACCAGGAGAAUCCAGAAAUCCCACUUCCUCUCUAUGAGUCUUUCAAUGGACUGUGCUGUCCACAUCAGCAGCAAUGACACAAUCAGAGACGCCUCCAAGCUCUUGGUGGACGCACUAAAUCAUCAGCUUUGUGAAAUGGAGAAAGUGUCCUUGCAACACCUGAAGGGGAACACACUGCCACUCCCCGAAGUCUUCCACUUUCUUCUCCCAGAGCCAAAUGGACUAACAACGGUCGUUUAUCCUGCAGGAGUGGCUGACAGUGAACUGGAGAUGCAACGUAAGGACCUUCAUGAGCAGCAUCACCUACCUGAUGACAGGCCUUAUUUAAGAAGAGCCAAUGCAUACCACUUCCCUGAUGAGCCCUACAGAGAUGGUUACCUACGAAACCCACAUCAGGUCCUCAUUCAUCCCACCCUGGAGGAUGGAAAGGUGUACUUGGUGCAGGGCAUCUACAGCUACCAUCACUACAUGCAGGACCGUAUGGACGACAACGGCUGGGGCUGUGCGUAUCGCUCACUUCAAACCAUCUGCUCCUGGUUCCUGCAGCAGGGCUAUGUGGAGCGAUCCGUGCCCACUCACAAAGAGAUCCAGCAGGCUUUAGUGGACGUUGGAGAUAAACAGCCGUCGUUUGUGGGUUCACGCCAGUGGAUCGGCUCCAUAGAGGUUCAGGCCGUUUUAAACCAUCUUCUUGGUGCCACUUCCAAAAUCAUGUUUGUCAGUCGGGGUUCUGAUUUGGCAUCAAAAGGCAGAGAGCUGGCUAACCACUUCCUGACACAGGGGUCUCCUAUAAUGAUUGGAGGGGGCGUUUUAGCUCACACUAUUUUAGGUGUGACAUGGAGUGAGACGAGUGGGCAGAUCCGUUUUCUCAUCCUGGACCCACAUUACACAGGAGCAGAAGACCUCCAAGUUAUCACAGAUAAGGGCUGGUGUGGCUGGAAAGGACCUGAGUUUUGGGAUCAAACUGCGUAUUAUAAUCUCUGUCUGCCUCAGAAGCCAAAGAUGAUUUGAGCAAAGUUUUACAACAGGAAAAUGUAUCAUCUCUUCACGAUAGAAACCAGAGUUCGUUCAUUACGGAAAUGCACAACUUUGCAAAUUUACAUAAUUUUGCUGACAAUACUGCAACUAAUUGACUGUAGCAUGAAACUACAGUACUGUAACAUAAAAGUUGCCAAAAUGUAUGAUAUUUAUGGAAGUAUUUGUUAUGUUUUAUUUUAAGGAAAAUGUGUUAAGUAUAAAGGAGGUGGAAAGUGUUGCUCCAUAUCGUAAAUCCUUUGUAAAUUAGCUUGAAGAUUUAUUACACAAUUUAUUUUUAUCCUAAUUCUGAAAUAUUAUAAAGACAAUAUUUUUGUGGGACAGUU